AAAGGGGAAGAAGGGGGGAGUUUAUCGCUUUGUCAUCCUCAAAGAUAAGCAGUCCCUCGCAAGCCUCUUAAGCACAAAGCCCUAUCUGUCCACAAAACCGCAAUAACUUAAUCCAUCCCAGCCUGGUUCAACAAUCUAAUCUGCAAGCGCUUGUCACCUUCCCACCUCCUCCUCCUCCUCUACACUCCCGUGCCUUCCUUCAUACUCCAAAACACACCCAUCACCUCCCUUAACAUCUUAUACUAUCACUCUGUUUACUACAAGAACAAACCUCCCGCCACCACAAUAAGAAAUUAAGCCGUAUAGUAUGUCCAGAAAAGGAGGAGCAGCAUCGUCUCUUCAAAAGGACGCCCCAUGGAGAGCGGCAUCCUCUGCAAAGCCCAUCCCCAAAAUUCACCACACCCCUGUGCUGCGCGUCCCCCAAUCUCCCGCUUCCAAUUAUGCCCUCUCCGUCAUGAAGCAUCCGAAUCCGAUCGGAAGUGGUUUAGCAAUGGAAGCCAUAGUGGAAGCGGCGGGACCAGAGUGCAUUGUCCCAGGGCAGAUGAAACCCAUCAAAUUAGUCGGCGUCAAGGUAUGGCCUAUAGAUGUCAACCUGAAAUUUUUGGAACCAGUUGGACGAGAACUCAAGUCGAUUGGGAAGUUCAUGGAUGACGCGGUGAACCUCAUGAACAAAUCAUUUAUAGAUCGCUAGUGGCAUUUGGUUUUGAGACAACAGUUGGCUGCGCAUUUCGACUCAACAAGAUUUUGUACUAUUAUUCCAAUGAGCAGAAGCUAGCCAGGCAGUGUGACUGUAAAUAACAUCUCAAAUAAGUUGUAGGUCAGAAGUGGGUGACUUUAAAUUGGAUGGGGAAAUUCAAAGGAUUCAAUCUCUCCGAUGCUCUCUGGGCUCGAUAUUUUUCCCCCGGUUAGAUACUGAGUAACUGUGUUGGCAUGUUUGUCUUGAAUUCAUAUUGAUAUGCUUGAGUCAGGUGUGGAGUAUAUUUAUAUAGUUUUGCCGUUUUUGAAAGCGUA